CUGCUUUGGCCACUCAUUCGGCGAAAAUUAAUGGUGGUGUUCGGUUCUACGUCGCGCAAGGCAGUCUCUAGAGUCUCGCAGAGCUAAGAAUACAUCUUAGAAAAUCGGCAAAAAAUAUCCAAGUUCAGCCAAGUUUGCGGUGUGUAGGCAAGUCAUCAAAAAGUAACGACCGAAAUAACGGCAGUUGUCGCAUAGCAAAUGCCAAUUGCAAAUUGCGAGUAAAAAUCGCAAAUUAAAGUGUGCGCAGGCGAAUAAAGAAACAAAGAAACACAAUUAACAAACGUGAAGUAACAAUCCGGCAAAGCGAAUAAACCCGAUAUCGAUUCCGAUCUGCAGCAGAAAAACCUUAGGCACCCAACAAAUGUACAUCUCUAAAUGCAUAAGCUAAGCAACAGUAUUUUUGCUCAACAAUAAAUAUACGAAAACAUUGAACACGUGAAUACAAGAAAUAUUUUCGUAGCCGUGAUUAUUUGUUGCAUUUGAAUGAUAACUUUGAAGAUACGAGCAGCAGAGAGAACGCAUCGAGCUUAAGCCAACAACGUAGUACGACUAGUAAAAGACACCACCAAUUUAAGUUUAUCUAGAAAAAAAAAUACGCAUACGCAAGCAAAGUAGCCAAAAUAUCUAUAUGUUUAGUACGUGUAUUGGUCAUUUAUGAUUGAUAUACUCGCAUAGCAAAGUUAUAUUUACAAAACCCACAACAUAAUCGGAAGAGGAUCCCGCAAAAGGCAAUUGCAGCGAUACAGACCGCCGAGUACGGUCAGAUCCACAUACAUUUUCAUCCAAAUCGCGUUAAGACAAAGCCGGCAAAAUAGAUACCAUGGAAGACAAUAACACGAGCAGCAGUGCGGGCGGUGCGUCCAUCAAACACGAGGAUCCUUCGGUGACACUCACAAUAAGGCUGAUUAUGCAAGGAAAGGAGGUUGGUAGUAUUAUUGGUAAAAAGGGUGAAAUUGUCAACAGAUUUCGUGAAGAGUCUGGUGCCAAAAUCAACAUUUCGGAUGGGUCAUGCCCGGAACGUAUUGUGACUGUGUCUGGUACAACUAAUGCAAUCUUUUCGGCAUUUACACUCAUUACAAAGAAGUUCGAAGAGUGGUGCUCGCAGUUCAAUGAUGUAGGCAAAGUUGGAAAAACUCAAAUACCCAUUCGAUUGAUUGUUCCCGCCAGUCAAUGUGGAUCGUUAAUUGGCAAGAGUGGUUCAAAGAUCAAGGAAAUUCGUCAGACCACGGGCUGCUCCAUCCAAGUGGCCAGUGAAAUGCUACCCAAUUCCACAGAGCGGGCGGUAACUUUGAGCGGCAGUGCCGAGCAGAUCACCCAGUGCAUCUAUCAGAUAUGUCUUGUCAUGUUGGAGUCCCCACCACGCGGUGCUACCAUCCCGUACCGACCAAAACCGCAGGUUACUGGCCCGGUCAUUCUGGCCAAUGGACAGGCUUUCACCAUCCAAGGAAACUACGCGGUGCCCACACAAGAGACCUGUCCAGUAUUUCCACUUGCCCUGGCUACCGGCGGCCUACAUGCUGGUAUCUCAGGCUUGGCGGAUCCUUUAUUAAAGGGGGCACAUUUACAAGGAGCGAUACCAGCACACCACCAUCACCUACAGCAAAUGCCCGAUGUGGCCAAGAACCCGCUGGCCAGUCUGGCCGCCUUGGGCCUGGCUGGGAUGAAUCCGGCCAGCACUGGGGGCAUCAACCACACAGGUGAGUUGAGCGCUUCUGCGGCCAGAUGCCAGACAGAUUUCCAAUCUAAUCUAGGCUCUGCCCCAGCAGCCUUGGCUGCACUGGCCGGGUCGCAACUGCGUACAGCGAAUCCCGCGAACCGAGCCCAGCAGCAGCAGCACGAGAUGACCGUCUCAAACGACCUGAUUGGCUGCAUCAUCGGCAAGGGGGGCACCAAGAUCGCCGAGAUUCGCCAAAUAUCCGGCGCUAUGAUCCGGAUCUCCAACUGCGAGGAGCGCGAGGGCGGCAAUACCGACCGCACCAUCACCAUCAGCGGCAAUCCGGACUCGGUGGCCCUGGCCCAAUACUUAAUCAAUAUGAGAAUAUCAAUGGAGACUGCUGGUCUGCCGAUACCUGGCUAUCACUAUAUUGCGCCCAGUGCAAUUGUUAAAACACCCAUUCACUAAAUGCAACAAUCAACCGCAAGCUAAGCAACAGCCACAGCAUCAACCCGAAGCCGGGGGAGGACACCGGAGGAGCAGGAACAGGAGAAGGAAAAGGAGCAGCAGUAACAUGAACUUCAAAUGUUAAUUCAUAAGCAAUAUAACUGAAUCGGAAAAUGAAGGAGAACUUAGCUCAUCCAUUUGACACUGUCGGCAAUCACACAUUGAAUACAUUACUGAAUACACUCAUACCCACGGACACACUCACAGACAGACUCGAAGAGAAGCAUACAUACACGUUAUAUUUAUUCAUUGAUUCGUAUUAAUUAAAAUACUUUCAUUAAGUUUUAAAUGCAAGGGCAAACAAAUACAAGAACUUUUAUGUUAAACCGUUUUCAAGGGGCCCAUUGGAUAACGUGGGGCCACCCGAAGUAAGAACAGAACAGCAAUUAAUUGUAAGAUUAGUCAAAAUGAAGACAAAAUAAAAAUUAUAAGAAUCAAUUAACCACAUAAACAUACAAUAAUACGAAAAGGCAGAAUGCAGUUAAUUUGUGCACGAGCAUGACCAAAAAGGAGCAACAAACACGAAGAAACAAAAUGUUUAAGCACUAAAAGAACCGAUAUGAAUGAGACAUUGAACAGACAAGCAAACAAACUAAGCAAGCAAAGACAGACCGACGAUCACAAACAGGACAUAUAUUAUAUUUACUGCAAAUUGCAUCUAGCUUGACGUUUGCGUUUGUUUAUAUGUAUACAUAUAUAUUAUAUAUAGACACGGAGAUGUAUUGAUAUGAUAAUUUUUAUUUUAUUAUUUCUAUUAUGGUUAUUGUUAUCGAAAUUGUAUUUGUGAUUUUUGAAUAUGUUUAGACUGAUGUGCAAAAUUGAUUCUGUUUAUUAAUUACAAGUAAACUACACAUAAACAAUUAUGGAUUAAUUACUAGAUAUCUCUCUCCUUCGUUCUAUAUUCUAAUCAAAUUACUCAUUUAUUCAAAAUUAGACUUAAUUUGUUGGCAGCAACAAACUUGAUAAUCGAAAAUAUAACUAGCAAAAGGGAUUUAUAAUUGAAUUUCUUUUCAAAACGUUGUAGUUUCUUUUGAUUGGUUUCUAGUGAAAAUGCCUGCUAUGGUAACCACAUUAAAUCCACUUACAAAUUAGCGAAAACAAUUCGAGUUACAAUAAUAUUUUUUAAGCAUUUUUGCGGCGAUUAAAAAGACUUUCUAAAGCGUUGAAAAAACGAGAAAUGGAUUUAUAUAUUAUAUUACAAUUAUGCUUAAAUUAAAGUAUAAUUUAAAUUUAUUAGCUGUUAAAUUUAUACGCAAACCGAAACUUAAAAAACAAAACAAAAUAGAACCACAACAAAAGAGAACAUCAAAAAUAAAUUGAUUUUCAAUGUUACAAUAAAAUUAAUUUUAUUCUAAUUUAGUUUAUAGGCUGGGCAGUAAAAACCAAAAAAUCUACAAAAACACAAGAGUGGUAAUUACUUUAAGACACACUAAAACGUUUAGUUACUUAUACACACUAAUUCACAAGCCUCUGAAUAUGGGCUAAACGGUUAAGAAAGCCGAAGGUAAAAGCGACAAAAUCAGUUUGCAAAUGGUGAAAUGUGUCAAAUUUUAUUAUACAAAUUAAUUAUUUAGUAAGAGGAAUUAUCAAAGCAUUAAAGAAAACAAAAAACAUAUCCACUGCAAACGAAAACCAAUCUAACCACAACUUAUAAUAUUAACCAACACAAAAUACAGAAAGAUCACAUUAUAAAACCGAUAAAUGCAUACAUAUAAAGGCAAACAUAUCCCAGAGAACGCAAAGGAUGAAUCUUUAUAAAUGACUAUGAUUUUAACUUUCCAAAGUUGUAUGUUUUAACGUGAGGAAUUGACUAAAAAACCACUUAAAAGUGAUUUCCCCUGAACAACUUUUCUUGUCAGCAUUCAAAAUUGAACUUAAGUUCGUCAGUCAUUCACAUUUUUACAUCUUCCGCUCACACAAGAAAGACAAACUUAUGAACAACAAAACUUGAUUACAGGAAAUUGUUAAUAGCGUAAAGUGUAAAAGUAUAAAUAAAUGACCAUAUAAACAAUAGGACGAGCCUAGCCCAAGCCCUAGCUCCUCUUUUUGAAAGACCGAUGAUCUUUUGAGGAUCAAGUAUCAGGCAUUCGGUGAAUAAAUGAUAUCAUAGGCGAAACUAUUUCGUGAUUUUAGUGACAAAUAUAUUUCGCUGACGACAAACAAUUUGAAGCAAUCAUUUUGAAAUCAAGAAAUUCGGUUCCCAACUAAAGGUGAACCGAAAGAAAAAGAAAAUAUUGAGAAACAGAAAUGGUAAAUCAUUCAAGAAACCGUAUAUCUAUAUAUAAAUAAAUUAUAUAUAUAUAUAUAUAAAUAUACAUAAAUUAAAUAUAUACUUAUUAUGUACACUUGUAUUUAAAUGUAUUUGAAAUAUUUAGUAAAUUUUUUGCGCAAGUUACACAGAAAAAACUAACAAAAAUACUAAAAAAAAAGGUGAGGGCGACUACGGAGAUAGACGGGUCAACAGUGGCUAACUGGGAUUAUUUGUAAAAUAAACUUAAUGAAAGGGAUAAAUAAUUUAUGUGUAUGUGUGUAUAAGAGGAGUAGCUCAAAAGAUUUCACAAACGAUUUUUACUAAAUAUGCGUGUAAUUAAUGUAAUUAUUAACGACAUUUUGUUGAUAACUUGUAAAUUUGCAAAGGAAAAAUACGUGUAAGAAAAGCAAUUUUAAUGGUGCCUUAAAAACCAACCAAGCAAAUUUCUUCUAGCCUGCCUUGCCUGCCCCCCCUCAGCGAACUUAACUUAACUGGAUGGCAUGUGAGUUUUCCACUCCUUUCUCCCAAUUUUCUCGGUACUUCCCAAGAGCUCUAGUCCUUGAUCGAUCGGAUCAGAUCGGGUCAGAUCAAUUGGGACAGCCCGCCGAUAUCGUGCGAUAUGCUUAGUAAAAGCCGUGUUAUCGUUUCGACAUAAGAACUUAUCCCUUUUAGCGACACAUGGUGACCCACCAUUGCUCAAAGCUAUCCGAGUCUGUGCGCAGUUGCCCGUUACACAUCAAUCCGAAUGCGAAUUUAAGUCCGAGUUCCACUUGGAUUCGGUUGAGAAGCGAACUUAUCUGCAAGUGCACGUAGUGGAUUACGAUUAGGACACUGAGGCCCAAGAGAAUAUUAAUUACUAGUUCGAACAGAUGAUUACCCAGAACACAAGCAAACAAGAACAUAUUAUUAAACUUAUAUACAUAUACAGCAAACACAUAUAAAUGUUUCUCUCAGUGUAAUUACAAACCACUUGAAUGUAUUUGCUCACAUUUUUACAAUACAUGUCGAAGAACUCUACACAAUAAGCAACAAACGUAAAAGCAUUUAAGGCACUUGAUCGGGCGAAUGAAUGAUGGAUCGUUAGAUGGAUGCAAGGUCAUUGUUAAAUAAAACACAACUGUAGAAGAGUAUAAAAAGCAGUAUAAAGGAAAACCAAUCCGAAAAACAUAUUUAUAUACAAAUAAAAAGCAAAAAUGAAGCUUAACAUUAAGGUAUUUUAGAUAUUCUUAUUUAAUAUCCAGAAAAAAGACAAGAAAUUAUACGAGCAGAGUUUUAAUUUGGGCGCAGAGGUAUUAAGAGAGAAAUGGAAGAUCGGGUCUAAUUAAUUAACAAAUAUACGUGUAUUUAACUAACUAAAUAUCGGUGUUAGAAUUGUUAAGGAACUCGGAUAGGAUCUGAGAGAGGACGCUGCGCAAGGAACAGGGAAGUGUAGGGUCUGCCCUACCAAUUAUUCCCGCAGAAGAAAGCUACCAAUCCUGUUAUUCGAUUCUGUUACUUACAUACGAGUAUCCAGUUUAGUUGCCACCUUAUCGCGUGUGAGCGGCAUACACAAAGACAGAUGGGAAAAUAUAACUACGUGUAUUCCAAUUCAUCAAAGCAAUUGAAGAAUUAAUAGAACACCUAGGCAAGUAUAGCGCUACGGCCACUUGUCACUAGAAAUAUACGAAACAUCUAAGGUUUCUCAGCAUAACAAAGUGAAUCAAAGCAAAAACAAAUAUCGUUCAUAAUAUAUUAAAGCCCUAUGUACGUAGAGUCACAACUUAACACAUGCAUGCAUACACAUAGACAGAGCCCAGUAGCUUCUUCAGACAAUAUAGGUAUUUACCCGUAUCCCUGGGUAUGGGGUAUUGGAAUCGGAUAGAAAUACUUCAACUUCAGAGUGUGUUUUCAAUGAAGCAAGCAUAUGUUUAUACAUAUGUGUGUGUUUGUUUAUGUGUAACAAUAAAGUUGAAGAUCCCAAUCCAUAUAUGGGAACCGAAAACCAAGAAGAUCACUGCAUUUCCUUGUUAAUCAGCAUGUGGAUUAUGGACGGACAAACUAUUUGCCGCCAUGUCGUACUCUCUCACUCUCACCUUUGGAGAAGACGAAUAGAAUGAAUAAGCAGCAUAAAAUUGAUAAAACUGAACAAUUGGGAUCAACUUAUAUUUUAAAUAUAAGAUUAAAAUGUAAAAACAAACCUAGGCAAGCCCUUAAUUAAGCCCCGGAGUUUGUAAAAGUUACGUAAAUCUAGCACGUCUAAUACGUAGAGGAGAAUCACACAAUUUGUGCCAAAACAAUGAAAACAAUGAGAAGACGAAUAGACACCAACAUGAACUGGCCAAAAGCGCAACAGCAGCCACAAACAAGAACACAAAGUAAAUGUAAUUCUUUGCUUUUUCGGGGAACAACACAGAGGAAUUAUACGAAUUUCAAUGGAUUCACAGUCGACAAAAAGCUACUCACAAAAGUAUUUAAAUGUUCACAUUUGCUCAAUGCAAAGCACUUAAAGGAGCUUAUUUAACAAAAACCGAAACCAACCCGAAACCGAAAAAAAAACUAACUCAUAUAGAUGUGCGUAAACAUUUUCACAUAAUUAACAUUCAAUCUGGCUGUACUCGCAGUUUUAUUGCUAGAAGGUGCCAAAGAUCCCAGAUGAACCAAAGCUAAGUUGGACGGCAGUUCAUUCCCCAUUGGUUUCGUUGUGUACUUUUGGGCGAAACUUUUAGGCGUUAAGACUUGCGUUGCAUUUCGGUUAACCCUGAGAUUUUGUUGCUUUUCUGCAGACUCAAGAUGAAGGGGCAAAAGGCAACACAGUCGCACCUUAAGUAAAUUACCAAAGAAAUGGGUAAAUUAAAAGUAAACAAAGCUAAAACUAACUAGACAUAUUUACAAGUUGAAAAAAACUGCAAGGCAAUCAUAUAACUAGAGCUUCAAUAAUAAAAAAGGACAAAAGUCAUGACGGGGAGUAAAUAUGGCUAGGAAUCCAGUUGAAAAUGCCUAGAGAGUGUUUUGGAUAAAUAUAUAUUUGAGCAAUACUCACAAAUGAAUUAAGCUAUUUGCGUUGUUAUUGUGGUUAAAGCAAAGUAAAAAUGGAGAAGGAUUAAAGAACAAAACCAAAAGUUAGUGCCAAUUUUUAGUGCAAAUUUUUGCGUAUUUGUUUUUAUUUCAACGUUAUUUACGAUACUCCAAAAUAAAAAGAAGUAAAUGCAAACUAACAGUUGGUUUCAGAACCACCAAUUUUUGGGAAACUUUCAUGUCACAGACACCGCGGACCUAAAAAGGCCUAAGAAGGAGUAACGUAAGAUAAAAGAAAACCAACAAGUAGCACCAGCACCGCAUAGUUUUCGAUCUGAACCAAAGUGUGUAGUGUAGUGUAGAGGCUAGCCAACCCACAUACGUUUAGAUACACAACAUCGUCACCACUCUUUUGCACCCAUAGGUUCCAGUGUGCACUAUGAAAGCAUCAGCAGAACAGGAUCUCUUGCGUUACAGUACACUUAAACCAAAACUAUGGAACAUACAUAUAUACGUCUGUAAGGAGAACCGAUGCAAUGCUAGAACGGCUAACUCAGAUAUAGAAUAAAAUUUAUCCAUAAGUGAAAUUAAUAUUGUUUAUCUGUGUACAACAAUAAUAUUUAAAUAAUUCUUAAAUGUGUAUUUCGACUCUAAAGAAAACAAGCCAAACCGAGCAACACUCAACUGAACUCAUUGAAACACGGCUAUAUUGGAGUGACCUGGGGCAGAUUCCAUCAGAAUCGAAACCCUACAAUCAGUGAUUGAUUGGUUGAUUCUAUUUCAGACCCGGACAGCCCUAUAGACGGUGCUCUUCACUUUCAUGUAAUCUACAAAGCCCGAAAACACAGAACUUAAUCACAAUAUAAAAUUCUUAAAUAAUGGCGAAAUGUACAAGAAAACGGAAUAGCGAGUUAAAAUAAACAAUGCAAAGUAAUGUGAAACAAAACUCGAAAGGCAAACAUUAUUUACAACAUAUUUACAAUUCUAUAAAUUAAAUUUAAAAGUAUUUACAUAUAUACCAAAAACAAACUCAAUGUGUAAGUACGUGCGACCCCACAAAGAGUGCAAGCGAACGCAAAGAGGACACGGUCUCAAACACACACACACACAUCUACACCACUCACGCAUAGGCAGGCAUCGCCAUCACGGUGUAACGGUACAGGACGAGCAAGCAGAAGAGGGCCACUCUGGGACUGCCUUCUCUGAUUACUCCCACACUCACAUACUCUACAAAAACAUCAGAGACAUAAAUGUGCAAUACGACAGAUUCGAACACACAGUCACACGCAAAGUUAAGUGCAUUAUAAUUGAAUUUAUAGAGCUAAACGAAGCUAUUAAGUGGAAUUAUUUAAGCUGAUUAACUGAUUAUGAUUAUUAUUAACGAUGCAUACGCAUUUACUCACAACUCAUAUAUACACCUACAUAUAAAUAUAUAUACAUAUAUAUAUAUACAUGGCAUAUAUCGCUGAAGUAUAUUUUCGUUGAUUAAACAAUCCAUAUAGGCAAAUAAUUUUUAAGUUAUCAUACGCCACAUCAUAUCGAACAAAAAUAUUACUGAAGUUUACCCAACCAAAAGAAAUUGUAGGAAAUCAAGCGAUUUUUGAAAGCUACGUAAAUGUGUUGCGUUCUUUGAAUAAAUGUUUUUGAGUCAAAUUUUUACUUAAAAAACAAAUAAACACUUAAAAAGUAACAUAUUAAUAGAAAGCAAAACACGCAGGCAUAAACAUAAGAACGUUAAGCUAUAUACAUACUUACAGAGUAUCUGUGUAAAAAUCGUGCAGUAUCGCAGAAAAUUUGAUCCUGGAAAUGUACCAACUGUGUAAGGACAAACAAGAUCUUGAGAACAGACACAACAAAAAGAAUUUAACACAAUUUUUGAAUUCAUUAAAUAAAGGUAUGUGUUUAGAUAUAUUCAAAACAAA